GCGGGCUGGGUUGGAGUCCUCGGUUCGGGGUUCCUGGGGUUCCCGAGCCUGGAACGAGCGAGCGAUCUAGGGCCGGAGUCGCCACGGCACGCGAGUCUACCUGGAACCCCCGGCGUUGUCCGUCCUUGCUCACCAUGGACAAUAAGAAGCGCCUGGCCUAUGCUGUCAUCCAGUUCCUGCAUGACCAGCUCCAGCACGGCGGGCUCUCGUCUGACGCCCAGGAGAGUCUGGAAGUGGCGAUCCAGUGCCUGGAGACUGCGUUUGGAGUGACAGUGGAAGACCGUGACCUGGCGCUGCCUCAGACUCUUCCAGAAAUAUUCGAAGCAGCCGCUGUGGGCAAGCGCCAGGAGACGCCACAGGACCUGAGGAGCCCCGAGCGGACCCCACCCUCUGAGGAGGACUUGGCAGAGGCAGAGCGCCUCAAGACAGAAGGAAACGAUCAGAUGAAAGUCGAGAACUUUGAAGCAGCCGUCCAUUUCUACGGAAAGGCCAUCGAGCUCAACCCAGCCAAUGCCGUCUAUUUCUGUAACAGGGCUGCUGCCUACAGCAAGCUGGGCAACUACGCGGGGGCCGUGCAGGACUGCGAGCGCGCCAUCGCCAUAGACCCAUCCUACAGCAAGGCCUAUGGCCGCAUGGGCCUGGCGCUCUCCAGCCUGCAGAAACACUCAGAAGCCGUGGCCUACUACAAGAAGGCCCUGGAGCUGGACCCCGACAACGAGACCUACAAGUCCAACCUUAAGAUCGCAGAGCUGAAGUUGAGGGAGGCACCAAGCCCAACAGGAGGCGUCGGCACCUUCGACAUUGCUGGCCUGCUGAACAACCCGAGCUUUAUGAGCAUGGCAUCAAACCUAAUGAACAACCCCCAAGUCCAACAGCUCAUGUCCGGGAUGAUCUCAGGCGGCCACAACCCCCUAGGCACCCCCGGCACCAGCCCCUCUCAGAACGACCUGGCAAGCCUCAUCCAGGCGGGCCAGCAGUUUGCGCAGCAGAUGCAGCAGCAGAACCCAGAGUUGAUAGAGCAGCUCAGGAGUCAGAUCCGGAGUCGGACCCCCAGUGCCAGCAACGAUGACCAGCAGGAGUGACCGCCCACCGCCCCAGCGAGAAUCAUGUCUGUCCCUCCACAGACUGGAUGCCGCCUUGUGUUUUGCCAUUUUCUCAAGUUGGACUGCCCGAGAGAGAAAAAAAAAAUUGGACUUGCAUGUUCCGGCGAAUUUUUAUGUUCCUCCUCGCCCCUCCUUUUUGUAACCCCCCUCCCCCGGCCCCCAGAUCCUUUUCGGAAGAAAAGAGCCAGCCAGCUGUGCACGCAAACCAGCAACCAUCUCCCCCACGGCCCCCAGACAGCCUAGUCGCUAAAGUAUUUUCUAGAAUCGUGGGGCUGGGGGGGUUGGUCCUCGGCCGCUGGCCACCAAGUGGCAAGUUUUAUGUUCGAAACAUCACGGACACCUGUGGCUUCGAGGAGUCUUUUGUAGCCCUCCUACCGCCCUGCCCCCCUCGGUCUUUUUUUAAGACCUUUCCCACCUUGGUUAGAAACAGCCUUCCGAACCGCCCCGAGUCCCUGUUGGGAAGAGCUCACUGCCAGCCGCUGUCCGGGCACUGGCGUUCUGCCCGUGCCUCUGGACUGCGUUUUUGCAUGAACGAGGACGUUUUUUAGUUGUCAGUGCUUGAGAGGCAGCAUUUGUCCCCCGAGCAUCUCAGAGUGCCCAGGACCACGUUCUGUGACUUUUCUUCCAGCUGAGCAUUUCGAUAGAUGCUCGUUUGAUCUCUUCUUUCUACAGUUCACACGACAGACUGCUGGUGACGGGGUCAUGGCCCCAAGCCCAGGCUCUGCUCUGCAUUAGCUCUGGGGCAGUGGAAGCGUGUCCUGGUGUCUCUCUGUCCUGGUUCACCAUUCUUCUGCCCACAGGCAGCAAGUGGGCCCUAGGACCCUGUGUCUGAACGCAUAGGGACCUCCGUGAGUUCCGCCGUCUAUUUGGAGGGCUGGCAGGUGCCACCCGCCUCAGCUCUGAGAUUGACAACAGCCGCCCAGACAGCUCAGCAGUGCCAGUGGCCUCUGCGUGUGGUGGGGGACCAGAGGGGGAGCUGCUGACCACUGUGCCGUCCACAGUUUGGGCAAGUCAUGCUGCCCUGCUCUGAACAAAGCAGCUGGAAACAGCAGGCUCGGUGGGAGCCCGUCCGCGAGGUGUGUGUUCUAGGCAACAAGUAGGAAGGAGGCCACUGCCAGCCCCCGUAGUCCACACGUCAGGAAGGACGUGUUCAGCUCUUGAGUAGUGACUUGGGGAGGAGCGUGACGUGUGGAAAUAAAUAGACAUUGUGACCUUGA